AUGAACUCGCAAGCCAUCUCCGAAAAGGUGUCAGCCACAGGCGCUGCCACUCGCGACCAAGAUUCCUCAUCAGUCGAGGCGUCGUCGGCAUCACCACCAUCAUCAUCCUUGGAAUCACGAAAAGCGCGCGACGACUUGCGCCGCUUUGAGCAGAACCACCGAAACGACCCGAACCUGCCGCCCGAGAAGCUCGCCGCCGUCCACGAUGCGCUCGCCCACAACAAUGCCAGGGAAAUCGCCGAGACGGAUGCGCUCCUCAGCGAAAACUCGCCGUACGAGGAGGUACGCGCGGCAGUCCGCAACACCGAUGGCGGCGAGGUCGCAAAUACGCUCCGCGCCUGGAUCCUGGGCAUGAUUUUCGUCACCAUUGGCGCAGGUCUCAACAUGUUUCUGAGCAUGAGGAGCCCUGCGAUUGCUUUUCAGGCCAUCAUCAUUCAGCUCCUCGUCUACCCGAUUGGUUGCUUCUGGGCGCGGGUGGUGCCGAUGCGCAAAUUCCGUACCUUUGGCGUCGAGUGGACGUUCAACACGGGCCCCUUUACCAUCAAGGAGCACACCGUCAUCACCCUCAUGGCCAAUGUCUCGUUUGGGUACGCCUACAGCACAGACGCGCUGCUCGCGCUGCAGGGGAAGCCGUUUUACGACAAGAAUCUCGGCUGGGGCUUCUCGCUGCUCUUCACCCUGAGCUCGCAGCUCAUUGGCAUCUCGUUUGCGGGCGUUUUUCGCCGUUUCCUCGUCUGGCCGGCGGCGAUGCUGUGGCCGGCGCAAUUCUCCAGCACCACGCUCUUCUAUGCGCUCCACGAUCGGAGCAGCAAGGGAGCAGCAAACGCGAAUGGGUGGCAGAUUAGCAGAUACAGCUGGUUCUGUCUGGCGGGUUUGGCCAUGUUUGUGUACUACUGGUUUCCUGCCGUCAUCUUUCAGGGACUGGCCGUUUUUUCAUUUCCAACCUGGAUCAGGCCCGAAAAUGUCGUCGUCAACCAGCUAUUUGGAGGAUAUUCUGGGCUGUCUCUGCUUCCCAUCACCUUCGACUGGACCUAUGUCACUGCGUACCUCGGCAACCCGCUUCUCGCGCCGACGCUCUCUCAUGUCAAUUCGCUAGUCGGCCUGUUUUGCUUCAUGGUCAUGCCCAUCAUCGGCAUCACUUACAGCGGGGCGCUAUGGUCAAAAUAUCUGCCCAUGGUCACGUCACAAGUGUACGACAAUACCCAACAAGCCUACCAGGUGAACAAGAUUCUCGGCCCCGGCUUCGCGUUUGACGAGAAGAACUACAAAGAGUACUCGCCCUUGUUUCUGACACCUGCGCUGGCACUCAACUAUGGCCUGUCCUUUGCGGCACUUAUUUCUACCCUUGUGCAUACGGGUCUGUUCCACGGCAAGGAAAUCUGGCAUCGAUUUCGCUCGUCACGCAAUCAGGAGCCAGAUGUUCACCUGAAGCUCAUGAAGAAAUAUGAAGAGGCUCCUGAUUGGUGGUACGGAGCGCUCUUCUUGGUCUCGCUCGCGUUGGGCUUGGCAACCACGUUGGCCUACGACUCACAGCUCCCAUGGUGGGCAUUCUUGGUCUCGCUUUUCCUGGCGCUGAUCUUUAUGAUCCCUAGCUCCAUGAUUCUGGCCGUGUCCAACAUUGCCAUUAGCUUGAAUGUCCUCUCUGCUUUCUUGGCAGGCUUCAUGAUUCCGGGGAGGCCUAUUGGAGUCAUGAUCUUCAAAGUCUUUAGCGUCAUCACUCUCGGCCAGGCGCAGACAUACUCGAGUGAUUUGAAACUUGGCCACUACAUGAAGAUUCCCCCCAAGGUGACUUUUUGGUGUCAGGUCAUUCCCACCAUAUGGGCCGUAUUUGUGCAGAUUGCCGUCAUGAAUUGGACGCUCGGGCACAUUGAAAAUGCCUGCGACAACAAGCAAAAGGACCACUUCACCUGCCCCAACGGCCGCGCAUUCUUCUCCUCCAGCAUCGUAUGGGGCGUCAUUGGCCCGCGGCGCAUGUUUGGCGUCGGUGGCAUGUACAGCCAUUUUAACUGGUUCUGGCUCGGCGGCGCUGCGCUCCCCGUCGUCUUUUACCUCCUCAUCAACAGGGCCGGCAUCAAGUUCUUUCGCCAUUUCAACGCGCCCAUCAUGUUUGGGUCGAUGGCCUGGCUUCCACCAGCCACACCGCUCAGUUUCUCUUCCUGGGCUAUUGUCGGCCUCGUAUUCAACAAAUGGAUUCACAACCGCUUCAACGGUUGGUGGUUGACCUACAACUACAUUACAGCGUCGGCUCUCGACGCAGGCUUGAUAUUGAGCACCGUCAUUAUAUUCUUUGCCAUCACAUUGCCGGGAGUUCCGAUUCCACAGUGGUGGGGCAACGUCGCCGUAGCAAAUACCCUUGAUGCCUCUUAUGCUGCGAUACUUGAAAUGGUGCCAAAGAAUGGCACAUUUGGACCAGAGACGUGGUAA